AUGGAGUCUCCGUCUAUGCCCCGUCACUACAGCUCCCGAGAGUCCCGGAAACAGCUUCUCCAACUACCCAUGCAACCGCACCAAGCACACAUUGACACCAGCAUCGCUCCCAUGUCUCCCAUGGACUCCACGGACGCCUUUGGCAUCACCACAGCACCGGCACCACCAAGACAGAGCACCGCCAUCAAGAGAAUCCGCGGCUACUCGGACCCCAACGCCUACGGGCCCCCCGGACACGGCUACGACGAGCGCGCCGCCGACGACGACCGCGACUACUACCGGCGCACCUACGAGAAGCGCAGCAAGCACAGCGAAAGCCGCUCAGCAAUCCCCCGCCAAAGAACCGCCUUCGUCGAAGACUACUCAGACGAAGACGACGACCCACGCGCCUACCGCCGGCGUCCCAACCGCCAGCACCGCCGGCCCCCCGUCGCCUUUGACCGCUACGGCCCCGUCCCCGGCCGCAGCUCACUCGACGCGCACCCGACGUCGCGCUUCUCCGAAGACGACUCCCCCAACAGCAAGCGAAUCCAUGUGGACUACGACUCCGACCGGGAAGUGACGCCGCGGCGCCGCCUGUACGCCGCAGCCUCUGGCGGCGGGCGCAGACCGCCGCUGCGCAGCCCCCCCAGCACUACCGAGGUCAUGCGGCUCCCGUGGAUCAUGUGGAUGAACUCGAAUGCCAAGAACCACUUCGUUGCCUUUGUGGGCGAGCUCGUGGGCACGACCAUGUUUCUGUUCUUUGCCUUUGCCGGGACGCAGGUAGCCAACAUCGGCUCCGCGGCGUCAUCGGACAGCAACACGACCACGGGCGAAGCAACGGGGUUCUCGCCCACAGUCCUCCUCUACAUCGCCGUCGUGUUUGGGUUCAGCUUGAUGGUCAAUGUGUGGAUCUUCUUCCGCAUCAGCGGCGGGCUGUUCAAUCCUGCGGUUACCUUUGCGAUGCUGCUGAGUCGGGCCAUCAGUCCGAUUCGCGCGAGUCUGCUGCUGAUUGCGCAGCUCGGGGGGAGCAUCUUCAGCAGCUUCCUCGUCAGCGUCAUGUUCCCGACUGGAUUCAACGUGCGCACGACGCUGAGUUCCGGCACGGGGUUGGUGCGCGGCGUCUUCAUCGAGGCAGUCCUCACCGCGGAGCUGGUGUUUACCAUCUUCAUGCUGGCCAAGGAAAAGCACAAGGCGACGUUCAUAGCCCCCGUCGGCAUCGGCCUCGCCCUCUUCAUCGCCGAGCUCGUCGGCGUCUACUACACCGGCGGCUCGCUGAACCCCGCGCGCAGCUUCGGCCCCUGCGUCGUGACCGGCGUCUUCGACGUCGAGCACUGGAUCUACUGGGUCGGCCCGGGCCUGGGCGCCAUCAUCGCCGUCGUCUUCUACAAGUUCAUCAAGAUGCUGGAGUACGAAGUCGCGAACCCGGGACAGGAUGACGACGAUAAGGACGAGAUGGUCAAGGAGAAGGUGGGGCUUGAGGGCAAUGGGAUGGAGCGCGUGUGA